AUGGCGGGAGCCGAGACUGGGGACGCGGCAGGAGCCGAGGCCCCGCAGCCCCAGAAGCGCUACUAUCGGCAACGUGCUCACUCCAACCCCAUGGCAGACCACACGCUGCGGUACCCUGUGAAGCCAGAGGAUAUGGACUGGUCUGAGCUAUACCCAGAGUUCUUCACUCCACUGACUCAAAAUAAGAGGCAUGAUGACCCAAAGGAUAAGAAUGAAGAGAGAGCUCCGGCCCAAGUAGAGUUUGCAGACAUAGGCUGUGGCUAUGGUGGCCUGUUAGUGGAACUAUCACCAUUGUUCCCAGACACACUGAUUCUGGGUCUGGAGAUCCGGGUGAAAGUCUCAGACUAUGUACAGGACCGGAUUCGGGCCCUACGAGCAGCUCCUGGAGGUGGCUUCCAGAACAUCGCCUGUCUCCGUAGCAAUGCCAUGAAACAUCUUCCUAACUUCUUCCGCAAGGGCCAGCUGACAAAGAUGUUCUUCCUCUUCCCUGACCCACAUUUCAAGCGGACGAAGCACAAGUGGCGAAUCAUCAGUCCCACACUGCUGGCAGAAUAUGCCUACGUGCUUAGAGUCGGGGGGCUGGUGUAUACCAUAACGGAUGUGCUGGAGCUACACGACUGGAUGUGCACCCAUUUUGAAAGGCACCCCCUGUUUGAGCGUGUGCCUCUGGAGGAACUGACUGAAGACCCCAUUGUGGGACACCUGGGCACCUCAACCGAAGAGGGAAAGAAGGUCUUACGCAAUGGAGGCAAGAAUUUCCCAGCCAUCUUCCGAAGAAUACAGGAUCCCACCCUCCAGGCAGUGACUCCUAAUCCCCCCUCUCUUGGCCACUGACUGCUUACCUUGCCUUAGCUUGACCCCUAGACCUUCCGAGCUGAGACUGCCAGGACCAAGAGGCGACAGUCUUUCAAAGAAGUUGGGAAACUGCCCAGGGCAGAAACCUGGGAUUCACAACUACCCCUGACCUCACCUUGUUGCCCCUCUACCACCAGCAGAAAGCAAAAGAAACUGACUAGGAAGGUCAAAAGACCUUGAACCAGAAGGGAUGUUUGGAAGGAUGUGGGGUCUUGCUCUCCCUUAGCACUUCCUUCUCCUUCUGGGAUCUCUCCUUCUCAGCUGGAGUGAUGAAUGGAAUUCUCCACUGUCCAUCUAAACUGCUUGCUAGACUCAG